AGUUCGGGGACAGCCGGAGACGCUCCUCAGAGCGCUAACGCCGGGCAGCCCUUUCCUCCUCCUCCUUUGCAUUGUUGCGAUUAAAACCAAUGAACCAAGCUGCUCUGGCCAAAAGCACCAACUAAAUCGGUUUGGAUGAUUCGCGAUCUGAGCAAGAUGUAUCCUCAAACCAGACACCCGGCACCGCACCAGCCUGCUCAACCCUUUAAAUUCACAAUUUCCGAAUCCUGCGAUCGGAUUAAGGAGGAGUUUCAGUUUUUACAGGCUCAGUACCACAGUUUAAAGCUAGAAUGUGAGAAGCUGGCCAGUGAGAAGACAGAGAUGCAGCGACAUUACGUUAUGUAUUACGAGAUGUCCUAUGGGUUGAAUAUAGAGAUGCAUAAACAGGCAGAAAUUGUCAAGAGGCUGAAUGCUAUAUGUGCACAAGUCAUCCCCUUCUUAUCCCAAGAGCACCAGCAACAAGUGGUGCAGGCUGUGGAACGUGCCAAGCAAGUGACCAUGGCAGAACUGAACGCAAUCAUUGGGCAGCAACAACUCCAGGCCCAGCAUUUAUCACAUGGACAUGGUCUCCCAGUUCCUCUCACUCCACACCCUUCAGGCUUGCAGCCUCCAGCCAUCCCACCAAUUGGCAGCAGUGCUGGCCUCCUAGCCCUAUCCAGCGCGCUGGGCGGACAGUCCCACCUACCAAUUAAAGAUGAAAAGAAGCAUCAUGAAAAUGAUCAUCAAAGAGACAGAGACUCCAUAAAGAGCUCUUCUGUGUCUCCAUCAGCUAGUUUCAGAACAGCAGAGAAGCAUAGGAACUCAACAGAUUACUCUUCAGAUAGCAAAAAGCAGAAAACAGAAGAGAAAGAAAUAGCAACUCGUUAUGACAGUGAUGGUGAAAAGAGUGAUGAUAACUUGGUGGUUGAUGUUUCCAAUGAGGAUCCUUCUUCCCCUCGAGGGAGCCCAGCACAUUCUCCAAGAGAGAAUGGCUUGGACAAGACCCGACUGCUCAAGAAAGAUGCACCGAUUAGCCCGGCCUCUAUUGCAUCUUCUAGCAGUACUCCUUCCUCAAAAUCCAAAGAAAUUAGCCUUAAUGAGAAAUCUACCACUCCUGUGUCUAAAUCAAAUACCCCAACUCCACGGACUGAUGCUCCAACUCCAGGCAGCAAUUCUACUCCUGGAUUAAGGCCCGGGCCUGGCAAGCCACCGGGAGUCGACCCUUUAGUUUCCAGUCUAAGGACCCCGAUGGCGGUACCAUGUCCCUAUCCUGCUCCGUUUGGAAUUGUACCACAUGCUGGAAUGAAUGGGGAGCUGACCAGUCCAGGAGCUGCGUAUGCUGGGCUGCAUAAUAUUUCCCCUCAAAUGAGUGCAGCAGCUGCUGCUGCAGCAGCAGCAGCAGCUUAUGGGAGGUCUCCAGUGGUUGGUUUUGAUCCACAUCAUCACAUGCGAGUCCCAGGCAUCCCUCCCAAUCUGACAGGCAUCCCAGGAGGAAAACCAGCUUAUUCAUUUCAUGUAAGUGCAGAUGGUCAGAUGCAACCUGUACCUUUCCCUCCUGAUGCCCUCAUUGGACCAGGAAUCCCUCGCCAUGCUCGUCAGAUCAACACUCUGAAUCACGGGGAAGUAGUGUGUGCAGUUACCAUCAGCAACCCCACAAGACACGUGUAUACUGGUGGAAAGGGAUGUGUCAAAGUCUGGGACAUCAGCCACCCAGGGAACAAGAGCCCUGUCUCUCAGCUAGACUGCCUGAACAGAGAUAACUACAUCCGUUCCUGCAGAUUGCUUCCAGACGGCCGCACCCUGAUUGUCGGUGGGGAGGCCAGCACAUUAUCCAUUUGGGACCUGGCAGCUCCUACCCCACGUAUAAAAGCAGAGCUGACAUCUUCUGCUCCAGCCUGCUACGCUCUGGCUAUCAGCCCCGAUUCCAAGGUCUGCUUCUCCUGCUGUAGCGAUGGGAACAUUGCAGUUUGGGAUCUGCACAACCAGACAUUAGUCAGACAAUUCCAGGGCCACACAGAUGGAGCCAGCUGUAUUGACAUUUCUAAUGAUGGUACCAAGCUCUGGACGGGAGGUUUGGACAAUACCGUCAGAUCCUGGGACCUCAGAGAAGGAAGACAGCUACAACAGCAUGAUUUCACAUCACAGAUCUUCUCACUGGGUUAUUGUCCAACUGGUGAAUGGUUGGCAGUAGGAAUGGAGAACAGUAAUGUUGAGGUGUUGCAUGUUACUAAACCAGACAAGUAUCAACUUCAUCUUCACGAGAGCUGUGUGUUGUCACUCAAAUUUGCUCACUGUGGCAAAUGGUUUGUAAGCACUGGAAAAGAUAAUCUUCUUAAUGCCUGGAGAACACCUUAUGGAGCCAGCAUAUUCCAGUCCAAAGAGUCCUCGUCUGUGCUUAGCUGUGAUAUCUCUGUGGAUGACAAAUACAUUGUCACUGGCUCUGGGGACAAGAAGGCUACAGUCUAUGAAGUUAUUUAUUAGAGACAAAGCUGAAUGCAAACAGGACUCCUCCUCCUAGCACUUUGCUGUAUAUUCCUUUUUUUCCUUUCCAAACUGAGGACUUACAAUGCUCAUCACAGUUGUGGAGUUCAUUUUUUCCCCAUCUAACUUGCUAUUGAAUUGUGAAUGCUCAUUAAGAACUUGUGAUACCAAACUUAAGAUAUCUACUUGGAAGAAGAGGGGAUAAGCAUACUUAACACUGAACUGAUUCUCUAAUUAUGUAUUAUAGCUGUAAUGUAUUUAUUUUGUUUAAAGAAGGCUUUCUAACAAUGAACUGACUAAAUAAAGCUGUCUGCCCCUGCCUUGGUUUGAAAGAGAGAAGUACAGUAACUUGCCUCAAAGAGCCAACUUUAUCUCUUCUGGAUGUUUUUGCCACAUUUCUUUGAGAAGGGAGAUGUGUGUCUUUCAGCAAUUUUGCAAUUACAAGAGAUUACAGAAAAUAUUUGCUAUAUUCAUUGGAAACUGCACUGAAAUGAGCAUGGAUUCCUACCAAUGUACAGACUACAAAAGCAAGGACCUCAGAGGUAGGGUUUACAAGAGCACUCAUUCUGAAGUUCAGAAAAGAAUGGAUUCUCACUUGGGAGAAGGACUUGCUUUAUUUGCCAACAGUUCUAUCCACGUCUUAGUUGGAUGUCCCCGAAAUGAACACAGGCUGUGCCAUUGUGCCAGAGACAUUGUGUUAUCUUUUUAUGUUGUUGUUGCUGUUAAACUAUGAUCUGUGACUUUUUUUUUUUUUUUGAAUGCUUUAAAAAAAAAAAAAUCUUUUAAGUCUGUGGAUCUGCUGAUGUACAGUGCCUUUGCUGCUAUGGAUCAAAAUCAAAAGAACGGUGUAGAUAAAUCUUAUUGUAUAAGUAGAAAAUUACUUAAUUUCAUACUAGAAAUGGAUUGAUGCUGCAAGUUGAAAUGGACUGUUCAUUGAAGUUCCAAAUGUGGUAGCAAAAAAUAGUGUCUUAAGUGCUUAGUGUUUGAUGUCAUUAACAGUUUCGUAAUACUCUACAGUGUAGAAAGAUUUUGAUACUAAACUGUGUCAUUGUACAUAGUUCUAAUGCAUUGUAUUGACCACCAGUACUUCUAUAAUGGUAGAUUAUUGUUUUGUGCAUUCAGACUUUUAAGCAUUAAACAUAAGUAACUUC